UCGAGUACAUCAGCUGUGUUCAUCACAUCAAACUCUGGAUGCCUUUUCAAGCAGGAGAGAUCCAAACUCAAACCUAUAGCUGAGGGUGACCCUCUGACAUGCGGAUGAAGAAACACGUCUUACUACUCUUCACAUACAGAGGUUUACUAAGCAAAGGAAAAAAGAAUAAAAGGAGAAAAUGGCCAAGUUUAUAUUACGGAAAGCCGAGCCCAAAGACGUCUCUGAUAUACUGCGACUCAUAAAGGAACUUGCAAAGUAUGAAGAAAUGGAGAAUCAAGUUAUUCUAACAGAAGAAGAUCUCCUGGAGGACGGUUUUGGAGAUCAUCCGUUUUAUCACUGUAUAGUGGCUGAAGUGCCCAAAGAGCAUCAGACCGCUGAUGGUCAUGCGAUCAUUGGCUUUGCCAUGUAUUAUUUCACCUAUGACCCCUGGAUUGGGAAGCUGCUCUACUUGGAAGACUUCUAUGUCAUGAAGGAUUUUAGAGGAUUUGGAAUUGGCUCUGAAAUCCUGAAGAAACUGAGUCAGACGGCAGUAAAGACGCGCUGCAGCAGUAUGCACUUCAUCGUGGCGGAGUGGAACAAACCCUCCAUCGACUUCUACAAGCGGCGUGGAGCUUCAGAUCUCUCUCUGGAAGAAGGAUGGAGGCUCUUCAAGAUCGACAAACAGAAUCUGAUGAAGAUGAUGGAUGAGGAGUAAACAUGAGAAGUAGUUUCAGGGUUGUUCAGUUGGAGGGUUUCAUUUUGACCUUGCACACAGAUUUGUUUUAAAACAUUCAGGGUGUGAUGCUUUAAAUCCAGCUUCCUUUUCAUCAUUUUAUAUAGUCAAUAAUAUAAAUUCCAUAUAAAGCAUCGUAUGUUGUGUUUUAAUAUAACUUCAACAUGGUUGAAAAUGAUGCAUUAAAGAUUUUUACAAAUGCAAUCAUUUAUUGCAGUGGACAGAUGUGUAAUUCUCUACAAAUAUUAGUAUAGUGAUAUAAACAACCGUUGAAUAAUUUAUGAAUCAGAUGCUUUCUAUUUGGUUUAAUGUCUUUAAUAAAUCUUUUUAAAUUAAAAAGGAAACAUAAAAACUGUU